AUGGAGGCAUUGUCGACAUUGCAACUUAUGAAUGAGCUUCGUGAAGACAAGGAGGAGUUGGAGAUCACUUAUGGUGUUCAAAUCCCCGAAGACACCUUGUCUUUGGCUUGCAGCAUUGCCAUGAGAUACCCUGAUGUAUUAUUGGCAGCCACCAAAAUCGUUUGUUAUAAGAGUGAGAAGUCACUACCGGGACAGCUGGCUGUUCACCUCUUAGCUAAAGCUUGUUUUGAACUUGUGAAUGAUUUUGACAUGGGUGUAGAAGAUUGUUUAGAAGUAUACCCACUCAUCCGUGCACAUAUUGAGUUGAAUGAAUGUAAGAAAGAAAAAGCUCCUACUAGCCAAUGCUGGAUCAGCUAUGUAACAGAUGAGUAUGAAGAUCUUAAGGAAAAGUGGCAUACACUCGAGGAGAAAUGGAAGUUAGUCUUGCAGUCGAGGCGGAGAUCAGAAAGAAGAACUCAAGAAGUAGAAGCAUUGAAGCAUGUACGCCUAAAUCUUCUUUCUUAUUUGCAGCAACCAGAAAUGGUGAUAGCAACAGGCCUUAUGCAGCUUUUUUCCCUUGUAAAUGUGCUUGGCAAAGAUCAACAUGAGCUGUCAACUAUUUACCCUUUUAUGAUAGCCAAGGUAGCGUGGUCCUUGACUGGUAUUCCAAAAUCAUGGUUACUUCAUUCUACAGAACCAAAAUUUUUCCCAGAUAUUGGCCCAACAUUUGCAAAGAGGGUUGUGGGGCAAGAGCUUCCCAAACUUGCUGUCACCAGUGCCUUGACAGAGCUUAGGUCUGGGGCACACCCAAUUGCUUCGUUUCUCUUUCUUUGCCGGCCUGGUUGUGGCAGGACAGAGCUUGCUAAAGCUGUUGCUGAGCUAUUUUUUGAUGCAAAGGACAUGUUGACUGAACUCAACAUGGUGAAAUAUAAGUGUGCAGAGCCAAAUCCUGUAUCAGAUGAAGAUGAAUAUGGAUAUGACUUCCCACGGUAUGAACCAAAGUCAGAAUUUAGGGAGCAUCUCAUAGAAGCUGUGAAGAAGAGGCCUUUUGGCAUCGUCUUGCUUGAUAACAUUGAAGUUGCUCGUCCAUCUGAUGUAGACAUUUUGGUUGAAAUUCUAACCCAUGGUAGACUGAGCGAUGGGAAAGGACACUUUGUUGAUUUCACUAAGAUGUUGAUUAUUCUGACAUCAAACGUUGUGCAAGAUCCAUUUAUGUUGCGGUGUUGCAAUUGUGAGGAGAUGGUUGAAAAGUUUUUUUUUAAAGACUUGGAUGAAGAUUCACCAAAUGGCGUUUGCCGUCACCUUUUGAUUCUAAAAAAGGCAAGAAAGCAUUUUAGGACUGAGUUAUUUGAAGCUCUGAAUGAUGUUGUUGCAUUUGAGCCCCUUUCACUUCUGCACUACAGAUGUGUUACGAGAUUGUUGUUGAGGGACAUCGCAUGCUCCAUUACAGAAAAACACCUCAUAUUAUGCCCGUCUGAAGCUGCAGUUAGAGCUAUAUUACUCGAUUCGGAUUUUAUGCGUGAUGGCACAAAGAAUAUUAAGAGCUUUUUUCAGACCAGUGUAGAAGCUAUGGUAAAGGAUCGCCUUAAUGAGAUUGAUGACAUCUGUGUCGUCUAUAUGGAUGCCUCCGUGGGGACAGAGGAGUUGUCUUAUGUUAGAUUUGAGAAGAUUAGUGCAUUAGAUUAUUAUGAUCAGGAAAUAAAGGACUUCCUAAAAUCUUCAAGUGAACUAAGAUCAACGUACAGGAAAGAGAAGGUCUGGGUGAAGAAAGUUUCCAUGCUGAAACGAAGUUUUCCUGUGUUGUUGGCUAAUGAAAAUUCAGUGAAGGAUCCCGCCAAAGUGUUUAAAGUUCUGCAAAUAAUAGACAGUCUAUUAGAAAAUGCAACUCAUGAAUAUACCACAGUGAACGCAUUUGGCUCAUUGGAGGAAACUGAUGAACCUCGGGAUGAUCAAUUGGAGAAAUCUAAGAAGAUGGCUAAGAAUGGUAUCAAUAGUCUGCGAGCAUCUUUGUCCAAUCUAAAGAAGUUGGUGAGGAAGAUCUUAUUAAAGGUUUAA